AUGCAGCAACAAGGACUGACCAGCAGACACAUGGAAAAGGCAAAUAAAAGUUGUUACGAGGCGCCAAUAUGCUAUACGGGGCCCGGGCAAAAUGGACUUAACACGCUGCGCGGCCAAAGCGCAUACGAAAGUAACGCUGAAAAAAAGGAAAGCGUCCAGGGCCAUCAUGCCAGCAUAAAACAAUGGAGCAACAUGAUCAACCCAGAAGACGUGUACAGUGAAGUCAUAUGCAAUGACAUGCAUUAUGGUACCCACAAGAAUAAUUGUAACGGAGUGAUAUACGUGAACGAAAAGCAAUAUGAACGAAUAAUUAAACGCAGAUUGAAAAAAAUUAAACAAGACAUUGAACGGAACAGGGAAGUGCGAGCAUAUGUGGCCAUACAGAGCAAAUCAUGUUUGCGCAUGAAUCAAUUUCAUGCAAAUCAUUUUAACACAUCUCUAUACAACUACGAUAUGAAUUCAAAUGAGUCCCUUUUAAACGCCAAGGGUGGAAGACAAAACCCAGUGUCCACAGGGCUGCUAAUUGGUACAGGAACCACCUCCCUAUGCCCAAAUGUCACCUCCAACAAUAAAUACCUGCCUCUGUAUGAUGAUGGUAUGAGGACAAUUAUGGACUCAAAGCCUAGCAGUUCUGCCUACGAUAAGAGAAACGGUGUCUACCUCAACCAGUACGCGCCGCCGUACCCCAACAGUAGGGGCUGGGCAGGCAGCCUCAACCGCCACAUGACGAGCGUGGCAAAUGGAGCAAGCGUGGCAAGUGUGGCAAGUGUGGCAAACGCGACAAAUGCGAACCACAUGAACAACGUGACAAAUGUGAACAGCUUGAACAAUGGCAGAAGCGCUUCUCACCGGACCAGCCUGAACGCACUGAACCACGCAAGCCACGCGGAGGAGCUACACAGAAGAGGAGCAGAAAGCUACACCAACAUGAACGAUGAAAAUAUGUGCAACUACUCCAACAUGGCAAAUUUGAAUAGCCUCAAUGACUUGGCCAAUUUGGCUAACAUGAGUGACUUGGUCAGCAUGAAUGACUUGGUCCAUAUGAGUGACUUGGUUAAUAUGCCUGACCUGGCCAAUCUCACAAACUUGACCCACCUCAACGACCUAGCCAAUGUGCCCGAUCUAGCCAAUAUGCCAGACCUGACCAACGUGCCUGACUUCACCAACUUUACAAACGUAAACAAUGUGGACGGUGCGGACAAUGCAGAACAUGGGCCCAACGGGGUGAGCGCGACGAAUGGGGCCAACCUGGGCAGGGACAUGCGCCUAAUGGAAGACCAUGGACAUAUGCAUGAAAUGCACAUGGGUCAGAUGGGCGACGUGCACAAUGUGGGUCAGAUGGGCCAAAUGGGUCAGAUGAACCACGUGAACUACGCGAACCAGGUGGACCAUAUGAGCUACGCGAACCAAGUGGGCCACCCCAAUUACUCCCAUCAUGCUGCUCACCUCGACCACCACAAUCGAGCAGCUCACCAACACCACGCGGGUCACCAAAAUCACGCGACUCAUCAACACCACGCGGGUCACCAAAAUCACGCGACUCAUCAACACCACGCGCCCCACCUGGGCCAGAUGAACCAGCUGAGCCACGCGAACCAAAUGAACCACCUCAACCACAUGCGCCAGAUGAGCCAAACGAGCCACCUGAAUCACAUGAACCACGUCAACCAAAUGAACGGCAUGAAUCACAUGAACAGUUCAGGCAAUUUAACCAACUUUUGUAAUGCCAUUACCGGAAAUUUCAAUUAUGGUCCCUACGACGAUUAG